GUUUAGACCCAAUGCUGAAUGACAGCUCACAGAGUGAAUUGCGACCGUUAUCGUGGAUAAGAAGUGCUCAGGAUAUGUUUGGCAGUCCCGCUGGCCAUGUUGUGGUGCAGGUGGCCAAGGAGCUGCUGCAUCGCUCAGCGGGCAAUAGUCAAGUGCUCAGCUUGAAUCUGACCAAUUUGCUGAUCAUUGUGCUGCUCAAGGUGCUGAUCUUUUCGGCUGGACUGCUGGGUGCCGGACAUUGGAGUGGCUAUGGUCAUGGCUAUGCCAGAUCCGCUUCACGCAUGGACAGUCUCCAUGGCCUGGGCAUUGGAACGGGCGAUGACUAUCUGAUAAUGGGCUUUCUGGCCGCCCAGGGUGCCGGUCAUGACGAUUGCCUAUAUGCGGCCGCCUGUGCCUGUCCAAAUGCUGCCUAUGAAUAUGCCAAGUCAGCUCGUGCGCUGCUGGGCGCCAUUGAAAUAUUCGAGGGUGUACCAUUGGAGGAGCCACGCUAUAAUGAUCUCAUCGUGCUGAUGGAGCGUGCCGCCUACGAUGGAUAUCGAGGAGCUAGCUGCAACACCACCCAAUCCUGUGAUGGCCUCUUAUAG